AAAUUCACGGUUUCCUACGAUGAUACAACACACAGCAACCACACUGGUUACCCUUAUUUUUCUACCAUACAUUGCUUUGGCGUUGGGAGAUGGACAAUCUAAUGAUCAUGAUGCAGUCAAGAGCGUUCUGACUAAAGAUAGCGAUCUCUUCAAGUGUAUCAAUAUACACCAACAACCAACUCUGAGCCAUCCAUUGCUGAAGAACCACAAAGUACAGAUGAAACCUAACUCUUAUCCAUAUGAGCUUCAUAACCGGUCUUUAUCUCUAUCUACCAAAUCAUUGGCACAACUUCCUACCAUUUCAUGCCCAAGAGGAACCGUACCUAUAUUACAAGAUACAAAAGGUGAUAUAAAAAAUUCUGAAGGUUUCCACACAUUGGAUGGUCCUCGUGGAGAGCUGGCGAUGAUCAAAACAGUAGAUGAGAUAUUUGGCUCUCGUGUUUCGAUAAAUGUUUAUGAGCCAAAAGUGAAAGAACAGACUAAAGAUUUCAGUGCAUCAUGGGUCAUAAUGCUAAACAAGGAGAAUGCUAUUGAAAGUAUUGGUGCUGGUUCUAUGGUGUGGCCAAGCUUUAGUGGUGAUAAUUUUGCCAGAUUUCACAUUACUUGGAGGGACAACAGCCACGAUGCUCUAUGCUAUGACCAUGGUUGUCCUGGUUUUGUGCAAGUUAAUUCAAAAAUUGGGCUCGGGUCAAGAAUACAACCAGUUUCUGUUUAUAAUGGUCCACAACAUUUUAUAGAUGUUCUUUUAUUUAAGGACCCAAACACAACAAAUUGGUGGGUACUAUUGGGUGGAACGCCAAUUGGAUAUUGGCCAAAUUCAAUCUUUUCUCACUUGAAGGAUUCAGUUACAGAAGUAGGUUGGGGUGGACAAGUGUAUGGCCCAACAAUUCAGUCAAACUUUCCCCAAAUGGGCAGCGGGCAUUUUGCUUGGGAAGGGUUUGGGAAAGCAGCUUAUGUGAGCAAUAUUAAAAUUGUACGCAAUAACAAUAAGUAUUAUACACCAGAUACUGAUCAAACAUUUGCUAAGAGUACGAGACCAAAUUGUUACCCAGUUGGCAAUUAUGGUCAAGAUGAAGGUGGCAUGCAUAUCUAUUAUGGUGGACCUGGAGGAUGUGAUAAAUUUUAAUAGCUAGG